UCCCAAGAAACAAAUCUCGCCCCAAUCCUGGCAGCUUCCCCCCCGUUCAUCCAUCCCAUCUCUCACGCAAAACCCUAGCUCGAGAAGCCCUGCUGCUGCGUUCCUCGUCGGCGAUGGCGGCGGAGGUCGGGGACUCGGCUGCGGCGGUUGCGGCGGCUGCGGCGGCGGGGGAGAGCAGGAAGCUGUUCGUGGGCGGCAUCCCGUCGUCGGCGCAGGAAGGGGAGCUCCGGGGCCACUUCGCCCGCUUCGGCGCCGUGCGGUCCGUCGUCGUGAUGCGGGACAGGGAGACGGGCCACGGCCGCGGCUUCGGCUUCGUCGAGUUCGAGGGCGAGGACGCCGCCGCCAAGGCGCUCGGCGACGGGGAAAAGCCCAAGCACUUCAUCUGCGGCCGCGAGGUGGACGUUAGGAGGGCCAGGGUUAGACCUCUGCGGAACUUUGGCGAGCAACCUGUGCAUCAUCAUCAGCCAGAACAAGGUCAGGAUCAGGGCCACCAGGACAACCAGACUGCUGGGAACGGCGUUGUGGACGGUGACGACAGUGCGAGCUAUUCUUCAAAGAAGGUCUUUGUUGGUGGUUUGAGGGACAACAUCACCGAGGACGAGUUCCGGGCUUACUUUGAGGCGUUUGGCACUGUAACAGAUGUUGUGGUGAUAUACGACAGCUUGACAAACAGGUCAAGGGGCUUUGGUUUCGUCACCUUUGAUUCAGAGGAGGCUGUGAGAAAGGUGAUGGGGAAAAGUUUCCAUGACCUGAAAGGAACGAGGGUGGAAGCUAAGAUUGCUAUCCCCAAGGAUGCUCACUAUUACCGUAAUGGCCGAGGUCGUGGCUCAAGACCCUUUGGCAUGGGUGGUCCUGCUUCCUAUGAGGGUUUAUUCCGACCGUACAAUGAUAGGCAUGGCUUCUACAAUGGCUUUAUGCCACAACAUGUUCCUGCACCCCCCUACUAUCCUGGCCUCUAUGUUGGUAUGGGAGGCUAUCCCUAUGCAAAUGCAUAUCCGAACCAAGGAGUCAUGCCAAAUGUUCCAAGCAUGGUUGCACGGCGUCCAGUAUAUAGCCCAUAUCCCCCAAUGUAUCCUGGCUAUGGUUUUCCAUACAGAGCUGGUUAUGCAGGUCCUACUUUUCAGCAUGGUGUUAAUGGUGGCAGUGGUUACAAUAAUGAUCAAGCCUCUUUAGAUGUGCAAGAACUUGACAGUGCUUCUACGGUCGCUACAAAAUUUGAAUACAUGAAGCUAGGUUCACAAUGACAGUCUGGACUAUUACUUCUACAUUGAUGACACCGGAGGACAACAUUUGUUUGGGAACCGGCAACUGUGAAGACAUGAGCUGAGAUUCUUUGGUUGAUGACAAGUAUAUCAUUGGAAUUCUUCGACUUACCCCCCAUUCCUUGUUUCAACUGCCUGUUCAAUGAAAACAUGAAAGUUUCAACUGGCUGUUGAGCUCACCUCUCCUGUACCAAUGCUUAAAUUCUUUGUUGGAUAAUGUAUCAGAAUCAGACUAUUUGAUCCUAAUUGCUUGCACAAUCUUUGUUCCGUGUCGUUA